AGGGAGGCAAGUAGGAUUGGUUGGGAUUCCCAUGAAAAUAGAUGCAGACACGCAGAGUUUGAGGAACUUCCACAGUAAGAGUACGGGAAGUUGACUUCGAAAGGAGACUUACACCGUGAGUACCACAGUUAAUGACUAAUAAACAAUAUAAGCAUAAAGUGAGCAAGAUGAGUGAGGGAGCAGAGCUGCUGCUGCAGCUGAAACACAGAGCUGGCUGCUGUAUAGAUGAAGCCGAAGCAAAGCUCCACGGCCUCAGUAAGGACAUAUGGAGCUGUCCGGAGCUGGCUUAUGAGGAAAGCAAGUCUCAUGACAGACUGGUAGCGUUUUUCAGUCAGGAAGAAGGCUGGGAGGUGGACGCUCACUUCAAACUGCACACUGCAUUUCGAGCCACUUGGAGAAGGGGAGGCAGCCGGCGGGGCGACGUGGUCAACGUGGGUUUCCUGUGUGAGUACGACUACGACGCCCUGCCUGGUAUUGGACACGCAUGUGGACACAACCUGAUAGCUGAGGUUGGAGCUGCUGCGGCUCUGGGGCUCAAAGCUAUGCUGGAAAACACGCACAGUGAGCUUCCUGUCCACGUGCAGGUGACGGUGCUGGGAACACCAGCCGAGGAGGAUGGUGGAGGUAAAAUUGACAUGAUAAGGGAGGGAGCAUUUGAGGGCCUGGAUGUGGUGUUUAUGGCUCACCCAUGUUAUGAAACCCACAUAACUCCAGAUAAACUCCACAUAAAUCGCAUUGAUGUGGAAACACUGCUGUCUAGUGGCGGGAAGCCGUCACUUCGCGGAGUAACUAUAAAGUAUCGAGGUAAGGCGUCUCAUGCCUCAGCCUACCCCUGGGAGGGAAUCAAUGCGUUGGAUGCAGCGGUGCUGUGCUACAACAACCUGUCUGUGCUCAGACAGCAGAUGAAGCCAGACUGGAGAGUUCAUGGUAUCAUAAAGCAUGGUGGAGAGAAACCAAACAUCAUCCCUGCCUACACUGAGCUGGAGUACUACCUGAGAACCCCCUCACGUGCUGAGCUUUCUGUCCUGAAGGCAAAAGCUGAGAUGUGUUUUAGAUCAGCUGCUGUGGCCACUGGCUGUGAGGUUGAAGUAGAGUUUGCAAGAAAUACAUAUGACAACAUACUGCGUAAUGCUACACUGGAGGAUCUGUGUGAGAAAAACGGCACAGCUCUGGGAGUGGACUUCACUGUGAAUGAAGAUGUUCUUAAGAAUAUAGCUGGCUCCACAGACUUUGGCAAUGUGUCAUAUGUAAUUCCAGGCAUCCAUCCAAGCUUUUACAUUGGCUCUAAUGCUUUGAACCACACAGAGGAAUACACUGUUGCUGCUGGUGAUGACAAAGCUCAGUUCUACACCCUGAGGACUGCCAAGGCUCUGGCCAUGACGGCCCUGGAUGUGCUGCUGCGUCCAGAGCUGCUGCAGAGGGUGAAGCAGGAGUUCACUGAGGCCACACUGAAGGAGGACAGGACGCUGACGGGGGAGCACACAGAGCAGUCUGCAAAACACUGAUGAUGCAGGCUGACCAUCUCUGAGCUCCCUGCUCACUGACUGCACAGCAGUCAGUGUCCUUAUUUUCUUCUUAUUUUUGUUUGUUCGGGACGUUCCUGGGUUCCAACCUUUGGGUAGUGUGUUUAGCCACCAGCCAACAGCAGGACAAGGUCAUGACUCUAUAAAGAGAGUGACCAGCCGUCUCUCUCGUCUGCUCUGUGGAUGCGGUAUACUAUUCGUAUACUUAAAAGUAUACCAUUCAUUUACUCAAGUUAUUCUUUGUGUAAACUUAAAGUACACUACUCCUAUACCUACAUUAUACUUCAAUUGCACUAUUCCUAAUUGUUUUAAUUUUUAAUUUUAUAUACUUUAUUAAUCCCCCUGAGGGGAAAUUCAAUUUUAUUAGUCAUUAACACACAGGUCCAAAAGACACACACAUGCACAAACAGGACCUAUACAUGCAUAAGUGCGCAGGUGUUACUUUUUUCUUCAUGUAGACUGUUGUUUCAUAACCUGCAUGCUGUGCAUAUAAUAACUCUACUUAAAAAUAUUGUACAGAAAACAGUUUAACUGCAAUACAUUUAUUUAACAGCUGUAGUUACUAAAUACAAUGCAUUAAAAAUUAAACCAGUGGUUUCCAAUCUUUUUGGCUUGUGACCCCUUAUCUAAGCUGGUACAGCUUCUCCUCUGCAGCGACGUCAACCUUGUUGCUAAAUCAGUGAUCAGAUGUGGUGUCCUACUCACCCAAAUUUCACACACAAAAACGAUUUUUGGUCAGUUCACAAAAAAGGGUAUGCCAUGCAUCCAUGGAAUAUAAUCAGAUCUUUCCUCCUCAAAUGGAUAGGUAACAUCUUCAGCAUUACAGAAAUGUAUCAUAUGUUGGGUUAUUUUUUUAAAUCCAUAGCCAGAAAUCUCACACAAUGCAGAAAACUGAAAACUGUCCCACUCACCCUGAACUCACCCCAUAUUAUUUUUGAUGUUCCAUUUCUGCCAAUUUAUCCACUAAAUCCUUAAUAAUGGCCUUUAAUGUGCAUACAUUUGAAACAACCAAUUUUAAAAAGCUCUGAAGGCCAAAGCUGUGCAAACAUAUUGUAUACAAUUAAAGAAAUGC